GCAUUCAUUUGAAAAGUUGGCGCUCGUGUUUGUGGGCAGCGUUGUGGGUACCGAUGUGUUUGGAUGUUGUUUUACCGUAAUAAAUAUCUACCAUUUUCCCUAGCUUGGAGCAUUUUAAGUGUGCACCAAUGGCGCACGGCUAUGUGGUCGUGGUGAGGCGCAGUGGAGCGGAGGGCUCUUCGUUCCCUGUGGUGACCGACAGCUGCCUGAUAGGGCGUCACUCUGAGUGUGAUGUCCGCGUCCAGCUAUCCACAGUCUCUCGACAGCACUGCCGACUGGACAUCAGCCCCGAUGGAGAGGCUCGUUUGACGACACUGGCGAGCGUGAAUCCGCCGAUGCUGAACGGCAAGGAGGUGCCGCGGGAGCAGCCGCAGCCGCUGCGGCACGGCGACGUGUUCACGGUGGGCGAGCGCUCGUUCCGCUGGAACUACCCGGAGGGCUCGCCGCUGUGGCUGGAGCCGGAGCCGGAGCCGUCGGCGGGCGGCGAGGGCUUGCUCGACCGGCCGCAGCGCCGCUCCUCGGGCCGGUCGCCGGCCGCCGUCGGCGCGAAGGCGGUCCGCUCGCCCGGUCCUGCCGCCGAGAAGGAGAACGAUCCGGGCCAGGGGCGCGGCGACGCCGACUGCACGCUAGACACCUCCUCGGCCGCCGCCGCCGACACCGCCGCCACUGCCGCCUCUGAAGGUGGCCGCCUCUUGAAGCGUGUCGAGGUGCUGAGCGCGCUCGGCGGCAGCGCCAAGCGCAAGAGGGUGUCGUUCGGGCCGGUGCUCAGUCCCGAACAGUUCAACCGCGAGCUGCCGCCCUCUACGCCGGUGAAGAAGGGCGCUCGCGUGUCGGCACGCACACCCCUGGUGCAGACAGUGAUCGUGGAAGAGACUGAGCACGCUUUGAGUGAGGCAUCCAUGAAUGGGUCGCUGAAGCGACACCAACCAAUGUCACCGGCCCAGCCGAAAGGCCCGUCGCUGCCUGGUACGCCGAAGAGAACCGCCGGUGCCAGCACGCCGCAGGACGGGCCGCCGGGGUCCGCUUCGAAGGGCAGCCCUUGGCCGGGUGCGGCCGCGCCAGGCCGCGCUCGCUCUGGGGUCACCCCGGUCGGUGUCACGCCGAAAAUGACGCCCCAGCGUCGCUCACUGUCGGCACGGAAGACUCCAAAGUCGGGUGCUGUGCUGGGGUCUAAGGUGACGCCGCGUUCGUCCAAGGGCACGCCGGCCAGCGGCCGGAUCGCCCCGGGCACCGUUAUCACUCCCGCCACGGCUGAGCGCAAGCUGGCGCCAUCGCACAGGCUCACGACGGGAACACCCAGUCCCAGAGGUGAGAUGCGGACUGAGGCCUCUGAUGAGGUGGCAGUCGGCGAAACCCCUGGCAGCGUCAAGAAGACUCCGCGUGGAAAGUUGGCAGGUGUGACGCCGAAGAAGUCUGGGGCCGCUCAUACGGGCGUGACUGUGACUGACGGCUCUCCCAAGAGUCCGCAAGAGAACACCCCUCAGAGGGGAAAGAGGUCUUCUCUUCCGACGCCGGGCAGCGGGGGCAGCCUGUUCGCCACCCCGGUCGGCGGGGAUCGGCACUCGGAGGGAGGUACGCCGCGGAGAAGGUCCGACGACCGCGGCCAGCAGGACGGUAAUGGCGGUCUCGUCACCAGUCCGUCAGCUGACUCGACAGGGAGCCCCGGCCAGCUGGGCAUCAGUCCCAGGAACGCCAAGUCCAGUCCUGUCUUGGGAAGGGCGACGUCCAACUCAAUUCUGUUGGAUUCUCCAGAAACUUUCCAAGUCGGUAGCGAAAGCGUGAGCUCAGGGGAUACUUCCCGCGACGUUGUGGCCAAUAGUUCUCCCGAUUCGAGGGUUUUGACUAAAACACCGACCAGGACCCCAAUAUCUGUCUCGAAGACAUUAAAGCCGACUCCGGUCAGAAGUCUAAAGUCGACAACACCGCGUACACCAAGAUCUGUCUCCAAGAUUUCCAAGAGUGCCCCAGGCAAGUCUCCAAAAGAAUCCACGGACAGUAGCAAAACACCUCUAAAGGAAACCCCGAAAUCCGUCAGCAGGACCUCAGCAAGCUUCUCAUUAAGCAGUCCGCGGUCGCUGACGAAGAUAAAGGCGAAGAUGGCUGUGGGAAGCCCGAAGUCUGCCACCAAGAGCCCGACGUCUGCAGCCAAGACCCCGAAGUCUGCAGCCAAGACCCCGAAGUCUGCCGCCAAGACCCCGAAGUCUGCCGCCAAAAGCCCGAAGCCUGCAACCAAGACCCCGGAGUCUGCAGCCAAGACCCCGAGGUCUACCGCCAAAAGCCCGAAGACCUCCAGGAGCUCGUUGGUCAGCCGGGGCGGUACCACGCCCAAGACGCCGGCUGGGGGGUCGAGGCAGGCGAAGCGGUCCUACACCACACCAGUGGCACCGGCCUCCAAAAGACUGAAAGAGUCGCUCCCUGUCACGCCGUCAACUGUGGGCCGGCGAUCGAAGGUUGCCAAGUCCGCGGCCAAGAGCGCCAAGUCCCGCUCAAUCCGUAAGCUGAAGCCCACCUAUGCGGACAUGCUAAAGAAGAAUCUGAAGUCGAAGUACAUGAAGCUGGCCAAGAAAUCUGUGAAGAAGGUCCAGCCGCGAGCCAAGAAAUCAUCGGCGCAGAGUGUUCCCGCCUUUGAUCUGGAGAUCCCCGACUCGUUCUCGUUCGGGCCGUCAACGACCGGCCACGCGAUGUCGCCGCCCACCUACGUGCUGCAUGGCAAGGCGGUCCUCAAGCGGGCGGCUGCGUCAGUCCGCAAGCGUAGCGCAGUAGCCCGCCGCUCGGGCGCGGCCAGGCGCGCCGACGAGCAGACAUCGCGGCGCAGGUCCGCCAAGGCCCGGGCGGAAGGCUCCGCCGCACAGCCGGCAUCGUCGCUGGAGUCGCCGGCGGCGUCUCAGAAGUCGACCCCGGCCGCCUCGCGACGCAGGUCUGUCGCUUCGUCCCGCAAGUCUGUGUCGUCUUCCCGCAAGUCCGCCGCGUCCCUGUCGCGACGCGCGUCCAGUGCCGCGACGCCGAGCAAGUCUUCCCCCGGCUGGGCGGCAGAGAAGACGUUCGACUUUGACUCGGUGUAUACGCCAGACAUUUCGCGGGACGUGUUCGUGUCGCCGGUUGGGACACCUCGCCAGCCGGUGCUCACCCCGGGACGGAUCGGGGCUAUGCUGGAGGCGAAAGAGGGAACUCCUGGCUCGCCCCGCAUGGAUAGCGCCAAGAAGCUGAACAUGACACCUCGGAGUUCCGCUAAGAAGACUAAGGAGCUGUUGACGCCGAAGCGAACAUCCGCUCGAACCCCAAAGGCGGACUACACAAACGUGGCUGGUAUCAAAAAGCUGUUGAAAACACCCAAUCGCACUGCAGGAACCCCGAAGGCGGACUACACCAACUUAGGUGGUGUCAAGAAGCUGCUAAAGACCCCCAAGGCGACUGCUCGGACUCCCAAAGCCGACUACACCAACGUAGCUGGUGUCAAGAAGCUGCUGAAAACACCCAAAGCGACCACUCGGACUCCAAAAGCCGACUACACCAACGUAGCUGGUGUUAAGAAGCUGCUGAAGACACCGGGUGCUGCUGCCAUGUCUCCUAUUGCGAAUUACACCGACGUGGCUGGUGUCAAGAAACUGCUGACGACACCGAAGACCACAGCACGGACUCCCAAGGCCGACUACACAAACGUAGCUGGUGUCAAGAAGCUGCUGAAGACACCAGGUGGCGCCGCCAUGUCUCCUGUGGCGGAUUACACCGACGUGGCUGGUGUCAAGAAACUGCUGACGACACCGGAGAUCACAGCACCAACUCCGAAAGCCGACUACACCAACGUAGCUGGUGUGAAAAGGCUGUUGAAGACACCGGGCGGUGCUGACAUGUCUCCUAUUGCGGAUUACACCAACGUGGCUGGUGUCAAGAAACUCCUGACGACACCGAGGAACACAGCACGAACUCCGAAAGCCGACUACACCAACGUAGCUGGUGUGAAAAAGCUGCUGAAGACACCGAGCGGUGCUGACAUGUCUCCUAUUGCGGAUUACACCAACGUGGCUGGUGUCAAGAAGCUGCUGACGACACCGAAGACUACAAAGCGAACUCCGAAAGCCGACUACACAAACGUAGCCGGCGUCAAGCAGCUGCUGAAGACGCCUCGCCGUUCUGGUGAGCCGCACAAUGACCUGACCUCCGUAGAGGGCGUACAGGAGCUGUUCAGCUCACCUGCCGCCCUACCUGACGAGCGCUCUCGCCGCCAGCGCGUAGGCGGCGCCCUUGGGGCCGCUGGGUCGCCGGCUGAUCAAUGCUUAGCGGAGAGCGCCACCGCUGAGCUCGAGGUGGCCGCUCCGCGCGGGAGGUCUCGUCGCGGUCGUGCCCAUUCGAAGAGCGACGAGCCGGCGCCGUCGGCGGCCGGCGAAGAAUCUACGCGGACUCUGCCUGCGUCCGUGCCGGAGGAAAACGUGUCGGAGCCGAAGUCGCGUCGCGGAGGCAGGCGAACUGCGGCUGGCGUCACAGCGGCACCGGCGGAACCCGUCACAUCCAGACGAGGGACUCGUGGCCGCGCGGUCAAGGCUGCUGUCGAUGAGAGCUCGGAGCCUGCUGCCAAGAGAAGGGGACGAGCCGGGAAGGCUGCCGUGUGGCCGGAAGCUGCACUGGAGGUCGAAGAGCCAAAGCACGACAGUGCUAGAGCGACUUCCAAGGGUGUUGAAACGCCGGCAGAGUCCCAAGAUGCCGCGAAGUCCAGCAGAACAAGGGGUCGUGGCGCGAGCAGAAGUGUGCAGACUCCAGAGCCUGCGCCACAAACCACCAAACCGAAACGGGAGAGAAGGCGAGCGGCUGUCGAGGUUGCAGUCGCUGAUGCACCGGCAGAAGUCAGCAGACCGAAGCGGGGCAAGACACAAGCCGCUGCCGAUAAAGCCGCAGAUGAAGCUAUCACAACGUCGGUAAGAUCCAGACGCGGAAGGCGAGCCGUGGAGCCGGCUAAUUCCUCUGAGGUCGGUGACGAGAUCGCCAAGGCAAAGCCUUCUGGGCGCGCGGCCCCUAAAAAGAUCUCUGUUGUAGAGGCGAGUGAAGAAGUCGGAAAGGCUUCAAGAAGUUCCACGUCUGAAAACGCACCAUCUGCUGCCGUGCCGACGGAUGUCGCCAAACCCAGGCGGAACGGAAGGCGUGCUGUCGCCGAAGAGGUGGCGCAGGACGCGACCGUGCCCGAAAACGCUGCCAAGCCCAAGCGAGCCAAGAAACGCGCUGCGGCUGAAGAGGUGGAAGAGGCCACGGCAGUGGAGAGUCAGAAGCCCAAGCCGCGGCGCGGCCGGGCCGCUGCGGCAGCCGAUGUGUCGGCAGUUCCUGCAGACACCGCCAGCACCAGCGGCGCACGUGGAAGACGAGGCUCUGCCGUGCAGAAAGAGCCAGCCGCCGAGGCGCCGAAGGUCGGCACCCGUCGCGGAGGGCGAGCGGCCGCCGCUCAGGAGGAGGAGAUCCCCGUGUCGCCCAAGCCCCCCAGGCGGGGCCGUGCUGGUGCGGUCCGCGCCGAGCGCGACGACAGCCAGCCAGCGCCGGUGGCCAGACGCGGCAGGGGCCGCACCGCUGCCGCCGACACGGAGGUGACCGAGCCGGCGGCGCAGGGCCGCGGCAGGCGGGCCGCUGCCGCCGCCGUCGUUCAGUCGCCGGCUGCCAAGGGGACACGCCAAGCCUCCAGCCCGCUACCGCCGCCGCCGGUGGAGAUGGGCCCCGAGCGCCGCGCCACUCGGAAACGGGCCGCCGGCGCACCGCCGUCGGACGUCAGCCCCCCGAAGCGGGCUACGCGAAGCCGAAAAUAAGAAUGCAAGUGCAAAUUUACCUGACUUAUGUGUAGGUGUACGCGCUGGACUUGCCGUUUAAGUGUGCGGGUGUGUCGACGUGUGAUGAUUGUGUGUGCGUGUGUGUUGCGUUGUAUGGGGAGGUUUUAGUCGUGCAACCUCCGAAUAGGAGGAAGACAAAUUUCAUGCGCUUCUCACGCUUGGAUCGGGUGCAGAUAAUUUGCAUGCCUAUCAUGGCAUGUUGACAUUUGCUGUCAUCAUUGUUUGAGCGACUGAUGUGCACUAAAAGUAGAAGGAAAGUGAAGUAGAUUAAUCUAGAGCAGCAGAUGCCCGUUGAGAAGCUGCGUGUAGGUAGGAGCCAAAGUUUUAGUUUUAAAACGAUGGCUGCAAGAUGUGUGUUAGGGGAUCUCUCGCAUUAGUUCCGCCGUAACCCGAUAUGGCUCCCUUUUCCAUUCCUUGUAGGCGUCAUUGCUGCACUGGGAACGCCGUGAAGGUAUUAAUGCACAUACCAGGUGCUCACACCACCGUGCAUCUUGUCAGGCCGCACGUGCGUGAAUACGACCAUUGCCCAUCGUGAAUAUCAAUGCCUCCAGCCUAUCCGUGUCAUUCGUCCGCCUACCCUUACCUCGUGCGUCUGUCUGUUGUAAAGCGGCUGCUCCACUCAGCCCCCUUCCAUUUCCACUGUUCUAGGUAGUAGUUUAAUAAAACAACAAAAUGUU